AUGGCACACAUUUUCUCUCUUGCUACUCCAGCACAAUCAGCCUACCAUGAGGGCAAGCACUCGGGUGAUCAAGUCAAGUUUCCGGAGACUGGCUUUUUCCAGGGUUUUAACAGACCAUCGCGGUUAGAAGCCGACAUCUUCGAGCUUGAAACGACGGGAACGAUACCCAAAGAUAUCAACGGGACUUUCUUCCGCAUACAACCGGACCAUCGCUUCCCGCCUUUUUUUGAGGAAGAUAUUCAUUUCAAUGGAGAUGGCUCAGUAUCAGCAUUUCGAUUCGAAAACGGUCAUGUCGACUUUCGACAACGAUACGUGCAUACAGAUCGUUUCAAAGCGGAAGCGAAAGCUCGAAAGGCGUUGCUCGGACGGUACAGGAACCCUUACACUGACAAUGAGAUGGUAAAAGGUAUUAUUAGAACAGCAUCGAAUACCAACAUCAUCUUCUGGCGUGGCGUACUUCUAGCCACCAAAGAAGAUGGCCCACCAUUUGCCAUGGAUCCUGUGACGCUCGAGACUAUUGGCCGCUAUGACUUUGACGGCCAAGUACAGUCUCCGACAUUCACCGCACAUCCCAAAUUUGAUCCUGAUACAGGAGAGAUGGUCUGUUUUGGAUAUGAAGCAGGAGGUAAUGGAUACGAUGCAAGCUGCGAUAUCGUCGUGUACACGAUUGACAAAGAUGGAAAGAAGACGGAGGAGACCUGGUACAAAGCACCAUUUUGUGGCAUGAUCCACGACUGUGCAAUCACGAAGAAUUACCUCAUCUUGCCCUUGACACCAAUCAAAGUCAACGCAGAUCGCCUCAAGAAAGGUGGAAACCAUUUUGCUUGGGACCCUGAUGAGGACCAGUGGUAUGGCAUAGUGCCUCGCCGUAACGGUAAACCCGAAGACAUUGUCUGGCUGCGCGCCGACAACGGCUUCCAUGGUCACGUAGCCGGCUCCUACGAAGACAGCGACGGGAAAAUAGUGGUAGACCUAACCGUAGCCUCCGACAACGUCUUCUACUUCUUCCCCCCAGACAGCCAAGCAAACACACCAACCACGCUCCUUCAGCGCAAUGCCCUGGUAUCCGACACAUACCGCUGGGUCUUCGACCCCAACACCCCUACCAACACGCGCGUUCAGCCACACAAGCUCUUCGGCAUCAAUGGCGAGUUCUCGCGCAUCGACGAUAGAGUGCUAACAAAAAAGUACAAUCAUUUCUGGCAAUGCAACAUCGACCCAAGUAAGCCUUACGACUUCGCCAAGUGCGGACCCCCAGCUGGAGGCUUGUUCAAUGUCCUGGGUCAUUACGAGUGGGAUACUGGACGAAAAGACACAUAUUGGGCUGGUUCGACGUGCACAUUUCAGGAACCCGUUUUCGUACCCAAAACUACUGCCACUUCGAAAAUCGUAGAAGGAGAGGGAUACAUCAUCGCGCUGCUUAAUCAUCUCGAUGUUUUACACAACGAUAUUAUGAUAUUCGAUGCGCAGAAUCUGGCGCAGGGGCCGCUGGCUGUGGUGCAUUUGCCGGUGAAGCUACGAUUGGGUUUGCAUGGGAAUUUUAUCGAGCAGAGGGAUAUGGAUGCGUGGGUGGAGAAGAGGAAGCUGGGUGGUGAGGUGGGGCCAGCCGUACCGGCGAAGGAGAUGUUGCCGUGGCAGAGGAAAAUGCAGGAAGAGGAGGGGCUGGGAUGUGCGGUGCCGGUGCUAGCGAAGGAUGGGAUGAACGGAGAAGUCUGA